AUGGAAGACCCUGAGAUAUUCAUUGGCGAAGAUACUACUGCUUGUUUAUUGUAUAUCCCGUCCUCCUCCUCCUCCUCCUCCUCUUCAUCAUGUCGACGCAGUUGUGUAGGCGUGGGCGUCACUGACAACUACGCAGUUACUGAAGCCAUGAGCAAUGUGAAGAAGGAUGAAAGCCAGAAAGAUGGAAUCCAGAAGGAUGAAAGCCAGAAAGAUGAAAUCCAAAAAGAUGAAAGCCAGAAAGAUGAAAGUCAGAAGGAUGAAAACCAGAAAGAUGAAAUCCAGAAGGAUAAAAGCCAGAAAGAUGAAAUCCAGAGGGAUGAAAGCCAGAAAGAUGAAAUCCAGAAAGAUGAAAGCCAGAAAGAUGAAAGUCAGAAGGAUGAAAUCCAGAAAGAUGAAAGCCAGAAGGAUGUAAUCCAGAAAAAUGAAAGCCAGAAGGAUGAAAUUCAGAAAGAUGAAAGCCAGAAAGAUGAAAUCCAGAAGGAUGAAAUCCAGAAAGAUGAAAUCCACAAAGAUGAAAACCAGAAAGAUGAAAGCCAGAAAAAUGGAAGCCAGAAAGAAGAAAGCCAGAAAGAUGAAAUCCACAAAGAUGAAAGGCAGAGAGAUGAAAGCCAGAAAGAUGAAAUCCACAAAAAUGAAAGCCAGAAAGAUGAAAGCCAAAAAGAUGAAAGCCAGAAAGAUGAAAGUCAAAAGGAUGAAAUCCAGAAAAAUUAA